AUGACGCGCGCACAACAAACCGUCUCUAUCGGCCUCCUGGUCACCUCCCUGUACCUCGCCCUCUACUUCAACCUCAUCCCCAUCCCCGCUACAAUUCAGACCGAAAUCGUCCCCGUCCUCCCCUUUUGGAUCCUCGUCUCCUUCGGCGCAUACCUCCUCUUCAAACUCGGUUGGGGAGUCCUCACCUUUAACGACGUGCCUGAAGCUCAUAAGGAACUCAUGUUCGAGAUCGAUGAGGCGAAGAAGGACUUGCGGACCCUGGGCGUUGAUGUCGACUAA